CACACACCAUUCCUCUAGGAAUAACUUGAUUGCACUGGAAGCCGCAGGACAGCCUGUAUGUAAUAAUAAAGCUCCGAUUUGAGAAUAAACGCGUGUGCUGUAGUCUGGGACAUGUCAGGAGGUGAAGAAGAUUACGCAAUCUCUGUCUUACUUCCUCAUGAAGCUCGGUCAAGGCGUGGACCAGUCAAUGAGUUGUGAGUAUCCGUCUAAAAACGAGUGAAGAAACGUUUUACCGUUGACUACUGCCGGUUUGUGGAGUUUGUAACUUUGUUGGAGAACUAAACUGACUGAUACACUUCAAAUGGAAUAUUACUGAAAUUGGCACGUGAACGACGUGAAAGCGGAGGGUGUCCUAACACACAGAGCGAGGUUUUGUUAUACUGUAGGUGCUAUACAGAUCCUGAUGAUGAUCAAGAGGUUUUGAGGAACAGUGACAGUCAUUUUCCUUAGGCUGCACAAAGGACAGCAGACUCAAAGAUGCUAUUCGGGGCUUGGGCAUUCUUAGCAUGUGUCUGGCUCCAGAUUCAUGUGAUCUUGAAUGCUGAAACCUGUCCUGUAGACCAACGAAAGGCUGUUGAUUUUACUGUUCCAUAUCCCUCGCGUCAUUUCCAAACUUUGAAACCCAUCCAGAACAUAGUGGUGAACAAAGAAUUGUCUGAGAUAUAUAUAGCCUCACAGAACGUGAUCGAGGCCCUGAACAACAGUUUUGAGAAGAUAUGGGAGUUACACACUGGUCCUGUUGGCAGUCCAGAUUGUCAGACCUGCCACUGUGUUAGUACGGCUGAUCCAAAUGCGUCAGUGGACACAGAUAAUCAAAUUCUACUUCUGGACCCUAAACCUUUUUUGCCGUUCCUGUACAUAUGUGGGAGCAAUCAGUACGGGAGCUGUACUUUUGUUGAAGUUGACACCGACGUAAAACCAUCUGAAGUCAAAUGUCUUUUCAAUGAAGAGAGUAACUCACCCACAAACUGUCACGAUUGCAUUGCUAGUCCUCUAGGCACGAAAGCCAGCAUUGUAGAAGAAGGCCAGACAUCUUUUUUCUUUGUGGCUGCCACCAUCAACAGCACGAUUGCAAAAGAUUACGACAGACGUUCUAUCUCAAUACGACGUCUUCUUGCCACAGAAGAUGGAUUUGAUUCCAAUGUCAAGGCCCUUACAGUGCUUCCUAUGUUCCAGGAUCCCUACCCUAUUGAAUAUAUUUAUACAUUCUCCACACAGCAAUACACCUACUUCUUGUCUGUCCAGAGAGAGAACCCCUUAAACAAAUCUUCUGAUCUCCAGACUCAUCUCGGACGGCUGCCAAAUGGCGAUAGCGAAGCAUGGAUGUAUCGAGAGGUCAUCUUAGAGUGCCAGUUCAGGCCCAAACGGAAGAAGAGGAGCUCUGAGAACGUUUUGUACAAUGUAGCCCAAGCAGCCCAUUUCAGCAUAGCAGAGAAGGACCUGGCAAAAGAACUAGGCAUGAUCAAUGAGAAAGAGAAUAGUGUCUUGUACAUAGUAUUUACUGUUACCGAUAAAAAGGGAAAUCCUAUUAGAAGGUCUGGCCUUUGCGCAUUUCCCAUAGUGAAUGUAAACCAAGCCAUCAAAAAUGGUUUGGAUGCAUGCUGCAACAGUGGACAUGGACGAAUCUCCCGGGGCUUGUCUCACUUUCAGCCAAGCGCUAGCUGUCCUGAGCGAGGAAACCGACAAGAAUGUGAAGCUAUGCCCACCAUGGUGGCUACUCCUCACUCUAGAGCAGACUUCUUCAGUGGGCAGAUAGCAGACCUGCUCACCUCCAUUUUGGUUACCACUAUUGGUGAUGACACUAUAGCACAUAUUGGCACUGAACGUGGAAGACUACUACAGGUCAUCCUGACAUUGUCAAGCCCUAUCGUGUUUGCCAACUACUCUCUUGUGGAAGAGCCAGAGAGAGUGUCACGCAUUGCUGCCGUGCAGUCUGAGGAGUCUUUGCUCUUCGUGGUUGGAAACAAGAUGGUGACUGUGUCUCCUAAAGGACCAGGAUGCACACAUCUGCUGACUUGUUCCAAGUGUAUGCAGGCCCCUCGCUUUAUGGGCUGUGGAUGGUGUGACGGGGUCUGCUCGAAAAUGACUGAGUGCCGGGGUCAGUGGAGUAAUAACACCUGCCCUCCAUUUAUCACCAAGUUUUUUCCAGACACGGCACCACCUGAUGGUGAAACAGAGAUUACGUUGUGUGGCUACGAUUUACAGUCUCCCAUGAAACCUGCCAUCACUACAUCUACUCACCAAGUCACUGUGGGACAGACCAGCUGCAUCGUAAUUCCAGAAAAGAGUAAAAGCACCCAGGUGGUAUGCAGGAUCCUUCCUCAGUCCUCAGAUGUAACGCAAAAUGUGGACAUUAACAUUAAUGUGAAUGAGGAGAGAAUGGAGCGUGGUUACUUCAUCACUGGACAGGCACGCGUGCAAGGAUUCAGUUUUGUGACACCAGUCGUCACCGAUAUCAGUCCCAACUUUGGGCCCAAGAUUGGAGGCACCAGGAUUACACUGUUAGGGAAACAUCUGGAUGCUGGACAAACAAGAACAGUCUUUAUGGGGGACAAGAGCUGCCCUGUUGAAAGCUCAUCCAACAAUGGGACCUGGUCCUCUGUAGUGUUCGUGUCUGAGGGAGUGGAUGAUCUGACAGAGGUGAACGUGAAACUUCUAAUUGACAAAUCAGUUAUAUCUGCAACCAAACAAUUCAGCUACAGGGAGAAUCCUAAGGUGAAAGAGCUGAAGCCUAACUGCAGCUUCAGCAGAGGUUCCAAAAUCAUCAUACUGGGGGAAAAUCUGGACACCGCAUCCCAGACUACAAUUUAUUACAAACCCAAUAACUCGAAUCCUGUCCAAAGUGUGUGUGUGGGUCCUGUGAGCCCAACGCAGAUGGAGUGUGUGAGUCCAGCAUGUGAGGAUUCAAGUGGUGUCCUCUCAGUGGACAUGGAUGGAGCUAAAAAUCUUAUUUCACUGCCUUUUUUCUGCUACCCCAAUGGCAAGCCUAUCCCCUUUGAACAUGAUGACAACGUGCUUCAUCUUGAACCUGGGACGGACAGAGUCUCACUGCAUCACGAGAGACUGUAUAGGGUGAGCCAUUGCAUGGACAUCAUCAUGACAAUAAACGGCAUGAACUGCAAUGCUCAUGUUCGGGAAAAUGAAAUCUUCUGCAGAAUCCCUAAAAAUAUUCAGAUCCCCAAAGAGGGGGCACCGGUCAGGGUGUCAGUGAACGGGGAGAUAUAUGAAGUUGGCCGGGUGAUAUAUUCCAGCAGCAACCACCUUGUUGGCAUCGUGUUGGGUAUUCUUGCAGCACUGGUAGUAGGGGCUGCUUUAGCAUUCUUAGUAAUGACCCAUCUGCGCAAGAGGAAGAAAGCUAUGCAGGCAGAGCAGCGGUUGUCAAGGUAUUCCUCUCGCAUUGGGGAAAUUUCACCUGAGGGAGACUACAGACGCGAGUUCUCCUUUGGUACCUUGCGUGGAUCGGGCAUGGCAUUCAACGGGUUGGUGUAUGCCAGUGGUGUAGACCCUGCUGCUAUUCCUCUGGUGUCAACUCAGACCAUAUCCCUGUCAGCCCUGCGGCCUGAGCUGCUGGAGGAGGUAAAGGAUGUGCUGAUCUCUCCUGAGCAGCUGAGUAUUCAGCAGGAUGACAUCAUUGGCAAAGGUCAUUUUGGAACGGUUUAUCAUGGCCACCUUAAAGAUAACGAGAACCAUGAAAUUCACUGUGCAGUGAAGUCAUUAAACAGGAUUACAGAUGUGGAGGAGGUGGAGCUCUUCUUGAAAGAGGGCAUCCUUAUGAAAGCCUUUCACCACCCUCAUGUUCUCUCAUUGCUCGGAAUCCUGUUACCUGCUGAUGGCCUUCCUCUUGUGGUCCUGCCAUACAUGAAACACGGAGACCUCCGGCACUUUAUCCGCUCUAAAGAAAGGAGUCCUACAGUGAAGGACCUGAUUGGUUUUGGGCUUCAGGUUGCUAAGGGAAUGGAGUAUUUAGCACAGAAGAAGUUUGUGCACAGAGACCUGGCAGCGCGCAACUGCAUGCUAGAUGAGACGUUUACAGUCAAGGUGGCUGACUUUGGCAUGGCACGGGACAUCUUAGAUAAAGAGUAUUACAGCAUUCAAGACCACAAAAGAGCCAAACUACCUAUCAAAUGGAUGGCCAUUGAGAGUUUACAGACUCAAAAAUUUACCACCAAAUCUGAUGUAUGGUCAUUUGGUGUGUUAAUGUGGGAGAUGCUGACCAGAGGAGCAAGUCCAUAUCCUGACGUUGACCCAUAUGAUAUGACACCUUAUCUAUUACAAGGACGGCGACUGCCACAGCCUCAGUACUGCCUCGACUCCCUUUGGUUUAUCCUGUUGAAGUGUUGGAGCCCCGAGCCUGACUGCAGGCCAACCUUCUCCAUGCUGGUGAAGAAUUUACAGGAGAUUCACUCUAUGUUGGAAGGAGAACACUAUGUUAAUCUACAGGUAACUUACGUUAACCUGGAGCAAGGACGCCCAUACCCCUCUAUUGCUUGGGCAUCUCCAUCACUACCUGAGGGCCACAGCACUGAAACACUGGACCGGUUGGAGAAUAGUGGAGAAACUUAACCUUCAGCCAACAUCACUGAGGGGUUCAUUUAAAGACACUUGUGGAAUGUAUGAAUCAGAAUGUCAUUUGGACAGAGUUUGGGGCACUAAGACAACCGGCAGUUUGGCAGUUUACAGUAUGGAGUUACUAUUCUGCCAAAAGUAUUAAAUACCCACAUUAUAAGACCCAAUCCAUCAUGUUAGGUGAAAUGCCACAGUCCCUUGAGUGGGCAUGGCUAAGGUUCAGAAGACUUGUCACUCCAAAUUCUAUCUGCUCAUUAGACAUUUAUAGUGCCUUGCUCAUAGACAAUCACACCUGUGUAAAACGUGCCAAACGUUAGAAGCAAAGGAUGAAUUUCAGAUGUAAAGGAUUCAGGAAGUUAAAAAAAAAAAAAAAUCCACUGACCAAAAAAAAAAAAAAAAGAA